ACUUCGCCUCCAUGUAGGCUACGUUAACGGCGUGUAGCCCGGAUGUGGAUGCGAGCAGGUCUCGCCUCCCUCGGUACACACACUCACGCAUACGCAUACGCGCGCACACUCACACACACUCACACACAGACAACGUGCACACCUGGACGCGUCAUGUGACCCGCUACCUGGGCGUGGAGAAAGACUGACAGUUAUUUUGCCUCGAUGCAUUUUUUGUUGAAUGGGAGGUUCAUCUCUGAACGCGCUCUGUGCCAAAUGCUGCCAUUCUCUCUGCAAAAGUAAGAUGUGAACUUUUUUUGCGUUGGCGUCACUUUGGGGGAAUUUAUUUCUCGUUUUAUUUGUUUGUUUGCAAUUUUUUUUAAACCAAAACCGCUGUCUGGACCUGUUUGUUCCGCUCCUACCGAUUCUGCCAAGCUCUCUGUCCAGACGCUCACUCUGGCUUUAGUGCAGGGAGGAAAAACAAAGAGAUGGGAGAUUGGGUGAAGACGGUCCUGCUCUUGGUGUGUGUCUCCUCCUUUUCCAGUGAGGGGACAGUUUUGGAGUUUCCCACACUCACGCGCAUCAACAAUGUAGUACAGGACCCCGCCACGGGCCGAGUUUACCUGGGUGCCGUCAACGCUAUUUACCAGCUGGACGCUUCACUCAGGCUGGAAGCUAAAGCUGAGACAGGGCCUAAGAAAGACGCUCGAAGCUGCACACCUCCCGUGUCCACGUCCACGUGCACAUCUGCGGAUCUUAAAGACACGAACAAUGUCAACAAGCUCCUUCUGGUUCACUCUGCAAACGGAUCACUGAUAGCCUGCGGGAGUGUAUACAGGGGGAUCUGCUCCCUUCUGAACCUCAGCAACGUGAAUCAGCAGAUCUACUACAGCGACAGUAAAGGAGAGAGGACGUAUGCUGCCAGCAUUGAGGACAGCGUUUUGGUCGUCGGAAUCAUGGCGACGUUUCAGUUCAAGGACGACCCCGAAAAAAAGCCAUUCAACGUCUUUCUGGUCGGGAAGGGCUACGGCAGCCAGGAGGACAACCCAAAGCUCAUCACCACACGCAUCUUGGAGAACUACAAGGAGUGGGUUGUGUUCGAGAGCAUCGUGGAGGCCUCGGCAGUCCAGGCCAUACCCUUCGCCCCCAAGUAUCAGCACCAAUUCCGCUUUGUCUUUAAAGACUCCGGCUUUGUCUAUUUCCUCUUCUCGCGCACUCAGGGCGGCACUGACAACAAGAACUUCACGUUCGUGUCCCGGCUGUGUGAGAAAGACGAAGGUUAUUACUCCUAUACCGAGCUGCAGCUAAACUGCAGUGCAAAUGGCAUCUACUAUAAUAAAGUCCAGGCUGCGUAUGUGACCGAGCCAGGAAAGGAGCUUGCUCGGGCCAUGCUGAAUUCUGGCUCAUACGGAACCAUUACAGUGUGGGAUAAAGUGCUGUUUAUAGUGGCCACUCCAGAUGGCGAGAACGCGACGGACUCAGCUCUUUGCAUGUAUCCGUUAAAGCGCAUCAACGAGAGGGUAGAGGACAUCCUCAGCGCUUGCUACACCGAAUACGGAAAGAUCGGAGGAAGACCAGCUGUGUACAGCCCUUACAUAUCCAGUACAGGAAAUCCCUGUGCACACCGACACAGUAAGGAAAUCGUGGACCAAAACAGGUGUGGAGCAGAGUUCCUGCGCUCCCCGCUGGCCAGCAGGCCCGAGUUCGCCCUGCAGGCAGAGCCGUUCUUCACCAAGCAGGCUCGAGGUCAUCUAACUGCCGUGACUAUCGCUGUGGAAAACGACCACACUAUUGCCUUUGUAGGGAACACCAUGGGAGAGGUAUUGAAGGUUCAUUUGUCAAGCAAACCAGAGGUGUACAACAGGGUUCCUGGAGACACCAUGGGCGAGCACGUGAAUAAGAAUCUUUUCUUCGACAAGACCCAGAGUCACAUAUACAUCACCACGGAGAAAAAGGUCACUAAGGUACCGGUGCAGACAUGCCACCAGAAGACUGACUGCAAGUCCUGCGUGGCCCAGAAAGACCCAUACUGUGGCUGGUGUGUCCUGGAGGGCAGGUGUACCAGGAGAUCAGAGUGCAGUCGAGCUGAAGAGAAGAACGGGUGGCUGUGGAGCCCCAGACAGCAGUGCGUUAAAAUAGUUUCCUUCCAUCCUCCAAACCUCAGCUGCAGGAGAUCUCAGCAGGUGGAGAUCAACGUUCCUUCGCUGCCCAGCAUCAGAGACUUUGACAGGAUCCACUGCACAAUCGGUUGGUCCACUAGUAAAGCCACCAUGGUGGACUCGAUGGUCAGAUGCAGCCUGCCUCCCCCUAACCGGCUUCCUCCUACACCUCCACACCAAGAUUCGGUGGCGGUGCCGGUGAGGAUCUUCGUGAACGACAGCGUAGAGGUGGCCUCCCGUGACUACGAGUUCUACGACUGCGCAGCAGCAGUACGCAAAGCAGAAAAUACUCCGUGUAUCGCGUGUGUGAGCAGACCGUGGGCGUGUCAGUGGAAUACCGCCGAUCACACGUGCUCCGAUGUGAACGACGCCGAAACCGGGCCCAAUAUUAUCAAACACAGACAGACCAAGAAAUGUCCACGGUUUGAAAACCCAGAUCCCAUCCUCAUACCAGUGGGAUAUAAAACUCGUAUCAGUUUUGAGGGAGUGAAUCUUGAGCCCUAUAAGGGCAGAGAGUUCACCAUUGGGACAGACCUGAUGAAACAGUUUGAAGAUGAUGUGAAAACCGAAGAAGGACCAUUUUUCUCUUUCAGUGGAUAUGUGUUCUCAUAUGAUAAGGCUCAGGAGACCAGCAUCCUGUUCCAUAUUAAAGACAAGGACACAGAGAAGAAGAUUGACAGCACACUGAAUGUAACGCUGUAUAACUGCUCGCUGGACCGUGAGGACUGUAGUUUGUGUAAGAACACAGACUUUAAGUACAAUUGUGUGUGGUGUGCUCGCUCACGUUCCUGUGUGUUUCAUAAACUGUGUCCCAGCGAUGAGGAGCAGGAAUGCCCGGACCCUGUGAUCUCAGAAAUUAUCCCACGCUAUGGUCCACUGAAAGGAGGCAUCACAGUCACAAUAAAGGGUUCAAACUUGGGCAUCCACAAAGAUGAUAUCAAGAGCAUCUCUGUAGCAGGAGUUCCCUGCGACCACCAGGAGGAGAAGUACUCAGUUUCCACCAGCGUUGUGUGUGAAAUCGGUCAAGUGGUCCACCGAGGCCCACAUGAAGGACUCGUGAAGGUGGAAGUCAAGGGGGAGAGAAGAAGCAAAUCCUCAGUCUUCUUUACUUACCGGGACCCAAAGCCUGAGGUGGUACAGCCCCGCCGUGGUCCCAGAGCGGGAGGCACAAUCAUCACCAUCACCGGCACUGACCUCGAUACGGCUUCUAAAGAAGACAUUGACAUCUCUGUGGGUGGAGUGCCAUGCCCAGUUGAGGAGUUUGGGAAGCAGAUUACUUGUAAGGUGGGACAGUACAGGAAUGAGAAAGUCCCCUCUGAUGCUCUGCCCGUCGCUGUGCGCUAUGGGAAACACACCAGUAUUCGGGUGCCUGCCUUCUUCCAGUUCUCCAGCAACCCGGACAUUUCUGACCAUCAGCCCAGAAGCAGCUUUGACUGCGGUGGGAGAAAGAUCAGAGUGAUGGGCUCUGGAUUCGAUCUCAUCCAAAAAGCCACAAUCAUAGUGCAAGCUUCGGCUGACGAAUGGUCUGGACUUCACACUCCUAUGGAGUAUAGUCAGGAGGCUCACAGCAAGAACGACACCAUGCUGCACUUCCUCUCUCCUGCCGUGAACAGAACAUACGAGAGCCAGUCCUUCAGAACUUUCAUCCAGUUGGACAACCUGAUAGAGGAGCUCAAACCGUUUGAUUACCACCCAAACCCCACAUUCAACGAACUCCCCAACAAAGUCAUCCCGGAGAACAGCAUGAUCAUUGUCACGGGUCGUGGGUUUUCUAAAGCCAUGACAGCGAAGGAAGCGGAGGCAUUUGUGGGUGACGUGUCCUGCAAUGUGAACACUCUCCAGGAUGAUAAGCUGUUCUUGGAUCCGCCCACCACCGCCCCGACAUCUCGUUCUAAGAGACAGCGGAGAGACACGACAUCUGAACCUCUAGACCUUCUGAUUAAGUUUGGUAACGGCAAGUGGUUGGUUGGCUCUGUGCAUUAUGAGAGGAAGUACGAGGUGAAACUGGAUACAAUCAUCAUCCCUGCAGUUAUUGUCCCAAUGCUACUGAUCAUAGCAAUCUCAAUUGUGUGCUACAGGAGGAAGAGCCAGCAGGCAGAGCGGGAGUAUGAGAAGGUGAAACACCAGUUAGAGAAUCUAGAGGAGAGUGUGCGUGACCGCUGCAAGAAAGAAUUCACAGAUCUGAUGAUCGAGAUGGAGGACCACACAAAUGAUCUGAGUGAGGGUCGCAUCCCAUUUCUGGACUAUAAGACUUACACCGACCGCGUCUUCUUCCUACCCUCAAAAGAUGGAGCCAACGAUGUCAUGAUCACCGGCAAGCUAAAUAUUCCCAAGUCCCGCAAAGCCACAGUGGCGCAGGCUCUUAAUCAAUUCUCCAACCUGCUGAACAGCAAGACCUUCCUCAUCACUUUUAUCCGGACCCUGGAGGCUCGUCAAGACUUCAAUGCGAGAGCUAAGGUGUACUUUGCUUCUCUGCUGACUGUGGCCUUGCAUGGGAAGCUGGAAUACUACACAGAUAUCAUGAGGACACUACUAUUAGGGCUUAUGGACGAGUAUGUGCAGAGUAAAAACCCCAAACUCAUGCUGCGCAGGUCAGAGACGGUGGUUGAGAGGAUGCUGUGCAAUUGGAUGUCUAUCUGCCUCUAUCAGUUCCUAAAGGACGCUGCAGGAGAACCUUUGUAUAAACUCUUCCGUGCUAUAAAACAUCAAAUAGAGAAGGGCCCAGUGGAUGCACAGGUGAAGAAGGCUAAAUACACACUUAACGACACAGGCCUGCUGGGUGAUGAUGUGGAGUACUCCAUGCUGACCCUACAGGUGUUGGUUCAGGGGGAAGGUCCUGACAUCACUCCAGUAAAAGUGCUGGACUGUGACACUAUUUCUCAGGUGAAAGAGAAGAUCAUUGAGCAGGUGUACAAAAACCUACCCUACUCACAGAGGCCAAAAGUGGAUAUUGUCACACUUGAGUGGCGCCCCGGCUCCACGGGGCAGAUCCUGUCAGACCUUGACGUGACCUCGCAGAAAGAGGGCAGGUGGAGACGCCUUAACACACUAGCGCACUACAACGUUAGAGAUGGUGCCAUGCUAAUCCUUUCCAGGGUUUUACACACACAGCAGUCAUAUGACCAAAACCACGACAACCACGAGGAGAGAAACGCACUCCUGGAGGACGAUAAAGUGUUCCAUCUAGUCAGACCGGCUGAUGAGCUGGAUGACGUGAAGUCAAAACGAGGUAGCAUUAAGGAUAAGUCCAUGACCAAAGCCAUCACAGAGAUCUAUCUCACUCGUCUGCUCUCGGUCAAGGGCACGCUGCAGCAGUUUGUAGACGACUUCUUUCGCAGCGUUCUCUGUUCAGGAACCGUUGUGCCACCUGCCAUAAAGUACUUUUUCGACUUCCUAGACGAGCAGGCCUUAAAGCACGAAAAUGUGGACGAGGAAACCAUCCACAUCUGGAAGACCAACAGUCUCCCGCUUAGGUUCUGGGUGAACAUUCUGAAGAACCCUCAUUUCAUCUUCGACGUCCACGUGACAGAAGUAGUGGAUGCGUCGUUAUCGGUCAUUGCUCAGACCUUCAUGGAUGCCUGCACUAAAUCGGAGCACAAACUCAGCAGGGACUCCCCAAGCAACAAACUUCUCUAUGCAAAGGAGAUCUCCACAUACAAAAAGAUGGUGGAUGAUUACUACAAAGGAAUCCGAGUCAUGGUGCCAGUCAGUGACCAGGACAUGAACACACACUUAGCUGAAGUGUCACGGGCUCAUACCGACAAACUGAAUACACAAGUUGCCCUCCAUCAGCUGUACCAGUACGCCAGCAAAUACUAUAAGGAGAUCAUUAUGGCUCUGGAUGAAGACCCUGCGGCUCAGUGUAAGCAGCUCGCCAUGCGACUCCAGCAGAUAGCCGCCGCUCUCGAGAACAAAGUGACGGAUCUGUAACCCCCUCACAGUGAGACAGACGGAGAGAAAGAAACCGAUGUGGAAUUGAAAUCGCCACUGGUCACGUCACACUCAAGUCUGUGGGGCAGAAGAAGGAACGCUUAAAGAAUAAAAGUCCCUUGUGUGUAAUUAGCAUAUAAAUAUAAUCAGAUGUUGAAUUUCUUCCUGUGUAGAGAAAGAAAAGGUUUUAAGAAUUGUAUUAUCUAUUUUUUUUAACGUGCAGUCUUUAUGCGGAAAGCUUUAUAAGGAAGAAAUAACUUUUUAAAUUGACAGCCUUGUGUUGAUUUUGUUUGUUUUGUGUGUGUGUGUGUGUGUGUGUUAGUAAGUUGAAUGCUAAUUGUUCACACACAGGAUGCCUAAAAUCUGACCAAAUGGGAGUUGCUUGGUCAUUGAUACUGAGCAUUGUUUUGUGUGUGUGUGCUUGUGUGUGCUCACUUGUGUGUGUUCAUCUUGGAGUCAUGACUUGUGUGCAUUCUUCAUCAAACACAGAACACGCUCGUUGUCUGUAAGCACAUAGACGCGUGUCACAGCAGGGCUUGUGGUGUUUACUACUGUUCCAGACCUGCUGAGCUUUUGGCGUCGCCUUAGCAACCUAAAAAGAAGCCAGCGUUAUGAUCCAUCGCUGUCCGUACCAUUAAUUCACAAUAGCGCACAGACGAGUUUCGGUUUAGACAAUAAUAUUCAAAGUGGAAAGUCUCUCAACACAAGGUGUGUCAUUUUUCUAUGAAGAGUAAAAAAAAAAAGUUCCUUAUUUGUGUUCAGCCUUUUGUUCAGAUCAGGAAUUGUUACAGUAACAUGUUGCAGUGGUGUGUUUAUGGUGCAACGUACUAAAAGUUGAUGGCAGUUCAUUUCCCUGAGAUGAUUACAGCAUGCCUGUAUUUCCUCUAAGAAUCUCCCUGACGUGACUGAAUCAAACGCUCUUGACUUUUUUUUAAUAGCAGCUCUGUACUAAUAUCAACAAAGAGCUCUCUGGUCUUGUUUUGUCCAGGAUAUGAGUUGAAGUUUCACUUUUUUUUGUUCUCUUUUGAUGCUCUGUUGAAGAAUCCAAACAUUUCACACUAUGUACAUUUUCAUUCCUCGCCAGUAGAUUAUUGUAUAUUUAUAAUCAUACCCUCCGGUGUUACCCAUAUGAGGAUGGGUUCCCCUUGUGAGUCUGGUUCCUCUCAAGGUUCCUUCCUUUACCAUCUAAGGGAGUUUUUCCUCCUCACAGUCACCUGAGUCACCUCAGACUUGCUCAUUGGGGAUAAAUACAAACACAAUUAAAUAUAAGUCUAAUAUUAAUCUUGAAUUUUGUAUUAUAUUAAUCUUUAUAUUAUUCUUUAUAAUAACCUUCUGCUCUAUGUUUAUGUUCUGUGAAGCUGCUUUGAGACAAUGUCAAUUGAAAAAAGUGCUAUACAAAUAAACUUGAAUUGAAUUGAAUUGAAUUGAACAGUAGACACACAAAACACGUUGCUUUUGAAUUCGAAAAUCUCUGAAUCCAAUCGAUUCGGUCGUCUGUUUCAGUGAAGAGCGAAAACGAACGACAGAGCACUUAAGAGAACAAGUGGCUACUUACGGCCUGGUUCUAAACUAAACAGAUGUUGUUGUUUUUUAAUCUGAUCUGGAUUGCAUCGUAAACAGCCUUUAAUCGUAAACAAACAUUUGAAUUCGCCUGCUGUUCUUUUUAUUUGUACAUUUGUACUCCUCAUACCUCUAGAUGUCAGAAAUGUAAGCACCGAAUACUGCAAUACACACGAUUCCUUCUCUGAGUAUUAUAUGUUUUUAUGGUAGUCUUUUACUUUUUUAUUAUUAUUAUUAUUAUUAUUGAGCUGUUGCUUUCCAUAUUGAUCUAAGAUCAGAUUUGGGAUCACACAAAACUCAAAUGUGACUGAGAUCAGGUUCUUUUGUUCAGUCAGAACUGCAUCUUCAUCACCACAAAUCCCUUUGUGUUGUUGUUGUUGUUGUUGUUGUUGUUGUUUUAAGCUGUACCUCUCAGGGCUUGUCUUGCCCCUGAUUUAACUGCCAGUCUGAUACUUUUCCGUCUGUGAAUAGUGGGAGUUCCUCUUUGAAGUAACGCUGGUCUGUUUUGUCGCGUAACAGUGUGGGGCGUUGUGAAGAAGCCUUGUGGCGCUUGGCACUGCCCACUCAAUUCCCCUCGCGCUGUAAUGAAAGCAGCGGGAACCGUGUUUGAUCUUAAUUGCAUGUGGGCUGCUGACACUGUGCUUUUUUAAAACGCCGCGCUGAUACAUUCCUCGUUUUUCAUUUCCGUUCACGACCGGAGACCAAACCCUUCUCCCCAUUCCUCGAGCUCAAUGUAAAGCUUCUUUCAGCCUUUCUUUCACCAGAAUGUGCCUUAAAAUGAUAAGUGUUACACCUUUUUUUGUUGAUUAUCGAUGAUAUUUGGUGAUAAUGGCAAGUUUUAGUCCUAGGGUGCUUGCAGUGUAUUUGCAGCCGUGAUGUUCGAGUGUAAGUAGGAUCAAUUUUUUGUGCCGUAGUCACAAUGUGCCAAUAGGCUAAUCAAAUAAGAGAGAAAAAGGCAGUUUUUAUAUUAGUGUGCAUCUUUGGGACGUCUUUGGCUUGUGUUUGUGUGUGUAUGAGUGUGUGUGAGUGUGUGUGGGUUGUGUGUGCUUUUGUAGUUGUAUUGGGAACAAGCUUAGAUUAGUCUGAACUAAACUGAGCUGUGGUGAAUGUAAAAUAAUUCCCCCAAAGCGUCUGCGACUUUGCUUUUUAUUUCUCAUCCAAACGGAGAAUCUUCAAUAGAAGUGUUGAGUAGCACAGGGUGUUUCACUGGCGUGUUAUCCCUUAGAGCUAUAAUUUGUUUUUAUGCUAUUCCAUAGUGUGUAUGAAAAAAAAUCUAUACUCGAUGACCUUCUUACUGCUGUGCAGUUAUUUUUAUUCUUUCAUGUCCUAUGAUAUUAUUAUAUUGCCUUUGUAUCAACAGAAAAGCAAAAUCUGUCAGCAAUGUAUUCUUGUGUAAUAUCCUAUGCAUUUGAAGUCCUGGAAAAUGGCGAUAUGUCGUGCUGUUAUCGAAAUGUUUCUUUCUCCCCCCCUUCCUUGUGGUUGUAUAGUGAACCAAGAUUCCUGGGACUGUACGGUACAGUAAGGCAGAAGAAUAAAGAUUAGCCGUGGCUCUUUCAGGCCCGGCACCUCAGAAGAGUUCUUACAUGCCUAAUCUGUUUGUACUGAAGUGCUCGCCGCUCAGCAAGGGUCAAGGCCUGACAAAACACCUUGUGCCCUUACAUCAAUAAAGAGACACUUCCAUUUCA